UCUUACCCUGCUGAUGUCACUGAAGUGCUUAAACAUUUUUCAUUCGGAGCAUCACUGAACUAAGCUACACAAUGUAAUGGGAAUACUCAAGAAAGAAGGGAGCUGUCCAAGAGGUAGCAAGAGAAUGCGAUCAUUUUCUGGUGGUGGUCGUGAGAGAGGAGUGUAUCUCAUGAUAACCACAGCAACCGUACUACUUAGGAACUACGUGCUCACAGAUGAAUACAAGUAGAGGACAGAGAAACACUGUUACCUGGCAUCUCUGGAAAAUCAAAAAUGUGUCAGGCAACAAGAACUUAGUCUCCAGAGCCUGUAAGGAUGAUGCUGGGCAUAUAUAGCUGCAAGAAGGAAUCUUCUCUGGCAGCAGGGACACAGAAAAAUUAGUCUUUCCUUCCCUUUUAAAAAAAAUCAAAUGCUGAAAAAAAUAUUUUCCAAAAGCACUGGAUCCUAUUAAGGCAGAACUUUUCCCUCAAAAUGGGGGUCACCGUGCAAAAUGUAACCGGAAGUACUGCGAUGGUGAUGUGGCCAACUGUGGCCAGCUGUGCUGACAGCUUCUACAGUAUUAUGUAUCACCCCAACUGGGACAGUAUGCUGUCUGGAUACUCAAGGAAGAGUUUUCAGAGGGAAGAGAGGGUGCCUGCUAGCCAGUCCUCAUUUGUAGUUGAAAAUCUAACUCCACUGACCAAGUAUAUUCUUUGUGUAACCUGUCAAUCAGCAAACCCAUCCAGUGACCAGUGCAGAAUCUUCCAGACAAGGGAACAAGAUCCAUCGUCUGUGAGCAACAGAAAGAAAGACCUGGCCUUGGGGAUCUGGCUAACCAGCAGCAUUCUGCUCCUCAUCAUCGCUGGCAUUCUCCUCUAUGGGUGCCUGAACAUAUGGUGCCGCAAGAGACAAGAACAUAACGGAGGCCUAAAUGGAAUGCCGCAGCCAAAUAAGAGAGAAGGCUAUAAAAACAGUAGCAGCAGGGAUCCAGGUGAGUUGGAGAAGUCAAGCCAACCACUGGUUCCAAACCUAGAAGACCAACAAACUGAUGAGGUUCAGCUUGCAACAAUAAAAGAAAAUCUCUCAACUCAUAUGGAACCUCCUCUGCUGAAAUGUAACCACCAGCAAGUACUGUCGGUGAUGGGCCAGCCACUCCACAUUCCUCAGCUAGGAGGGGGUGGAGUUUUGUAGAAUGAGGAGCUGAGGAGCCUCUAUCAACCAUCAAAUUAUCAACAAGUAUUUACUAAGUGCUGACUAUGUGUAAGGCACUGGAAACACAAAGAAUGAAAGCAUCUCUUCUUGCAAUGAGCUUCUAUUUUUAGUGGAGAAGACAAAAAGUACACAAAAGAUAUAUACAGCGUAAAUAUAGCUAAUAAAUCUGACUCUGUGUGUGUGUGUGUGUGUGUGUGUGUGUGUGUGUGUUUGGGCUCUUGCCUGUGCCCCAGUUUCUUUAGCUAAAAUGUGGGGCUAAUAUCUAUCCUUGACUAAGUGUGAGAAUCAAUGAAAUAAAAGUAAAAAUGCUGUGAGAUCUUCAGUAGGAAGGUGUAACAUAAAUCCUUGCAAGAGAUUAUCACACCCUACUGUAGAAAUGAACCAUUAAGAAGUAGGAGUUUUCUAAAUGCUUUUCCAUGUGUGACUUUUAGUUGCUUACAUCCUUCCAUGUAUUAUUUUUCUUCACAGCCUAUA